AUGACAGGAGGGAAUAAUACCAGGGACUUCCUUUUGGAAGCACUGGAGGAUCUUGUGCUGGAUAUGUUUGAGAAGUUUAAAUAUAAGUUAUCACAUAUUGAUUAUGAUGGGAUGGCCAAUCUCUCUAAGGGUUUACUCAAGAAGGCCAACGAUUCAGUUAAACUUGCAGACCACAUGUGUGACCACUAUGGAGCAGACCUUGCUGUGGAUGUAGCUAUCUGUGUGCUUGAAAGGAUUAACCAAAGAGACACUGCAGCUAAACUGAAAGAGAAGAAAGGUAAAGAUUACAAGAUGAAGUAUAGAGAACAUGUACAAAAGAAUUACUGUUGGAUAAAAGACAUGAAUGCUCGUAUUGGUGAGGCAGUGACUUUGAACUCCAGAUACACAAGGCUGGUUCUUGUCAGUGGACAUCGCCAUAAGAAAAGGAAAGAACAUGAAAUCAUGGCUGUGGGGAGAAGACAUGCAGAAAUCAUGCAGGAACAAGUGAAUUCUUCUAUUACUGUAGGUGAUCUUUUUAAACCUGACGGGGAUAGACAGACACCAAAGACUGUGGUACUCUUGGGAGCUGCAGGAAUUGGGAAGACAAUGACAGUAAGAAAGAUCAUGCUGGACUGGGCAUCAGGGGGGCUUUAUAAACAGUUUGACUAUGUUUUCUACAUACAUUGUCGGGAAGGUAAUCUUACCACCACUCAGGGGAGUGUGACUGACAUGCUCUCCAAAUGCUGUCCCAGUAAUAAUCCACCGCUUACAGAGAUCUUGAACAAGCCAGAAAAUCUCCUCUUUAUCAUUGACGGCUUUGAUGAACUGAGGUUUUCCCUGAAUCGAGCACAAACUGACCUUUGCUAUAAUCCCUGGGAGAUGAAGCCAGUGGAAAUCAUCCUGAGCAGUUUAUUUAGGAAAACUCUUCUCCCUGAAUGUUCCCUGCUGAUCACAACAAGACCAGCUGCCCUGCAGAAGCUGGAGCAGUGCUUGGAGUGUGAACGUUCUGUUGAAAUACUGGGAUUUUCAGAAGUUGAGAGGGAGGAAUAUUUUGUUAAUUUUUUUGAAAAUAAGGAAGUGGGAAGAAAAGCCUUUCAAUUUGUCAAAGGAAAUGAAAUGCUCUUCACCAUGUGCCUUAUCCCCAUCAUGUGUUGGAUUGUUUGUACUGUUAUGAAACAACAGCUUGAAAGUGGUGAAGAUCUUGCACAAAUGGCCAAGACAACUACAGAAAUAUAUGUCCUUUAUAUUUCCAGCUUACUAAAAUCUCUGAGCAGCAAGCUGAAACAGAACUUGCACAUUAUCCUGAAGAGACUUUGUUGCCUAGCUGUUGAAGGGAUCUGGAAGCAGAAAGUCCUCUUUGAGGAAGAGGCAAUCAGUGAAUUCCUGUUAAAUCAGAGAGAAGCUCUCCCACUUUUUCUGAAUGAGAGCAGUUUUCAGAAGGGCAUUGCUUGUGAAAAUGCUUACAGUUUCAUUCAUCUGAGUGUUCAAGAGUUUUUUGCAUCUCUGUUCUACAUACUAGAAGAUGAUGGCAAAACAAGAGAAUGGCCAAUAGAUCCGAAGAAGAAUGUUAAAAAAUUGUUAGAAAACUAUGGAAACUCUAGACAUGAUUUCAUGCUAACUGUGCGGUUCCUCUUUGGUCUCUUAAAUGAGCAACAAAGACAGACUAUGGAGAAAGAAACAGGAUGCAAAAUUUUAACUGACAUUAAGCAAGAAUUACUAACAUGGCUUCAAACUAACCAAAAAACAACUUUAGCUGUUCAUGCAGAGAAGAUAUAUUUGAUUCAUGAUUUGGAGGCUUGUCACUGUUUGUAUGAAAUUCAAGAUAGAAGUUUUGUGAAAACUGCAUUGGAUUAUUUCACUGGAAUAUAUUUACGAGACCUCAGUCUUACCAAAUUUGAUCAAAUGGUUCUUUCAUUCUGUGUAAAAAAUUGGUCUAAACUGGAGUCACUUGACCUUGGUUAUUGCUCAUUUAUCUCUGAAGACCAUGAAGAAAAUUUAGACCAACCUCUAGCAAAGCUGUCACAUCUGCUGGAAUGGUGCUGCCUCACAGCUGCCUGCUGCAAGGAUCUGGCCAGUGUGCUUAGCACCAUUCAGACACUGACAGAGCUGAGAUUGUGUGGAAAUGCCCUGAGAGACCACGGAGUGCAGCUGCUGUGUGAGGGGCUGAAACAUCGUAUCUGCCAACUGCAGAAACUGGGGUUGAGGGGUUGCAGUCUCACAGAUGCCUGCUGUGGGGAUCUGGCUGAUGUACUCCGCACCAGCAAGACCCUGUUGGAGCUGGGGCUGGGUGCUAAUGCCCUGGGAGAUGCUGGAGUCCACGUGUUGUGUGAGGGGCUGAAACACCCUGCAUGCCGGCUACAGCAACUGGGGUUGUGGAGUUGCAGUCUCACAGAUGCCUGCUGUGGGGAUCUGGCUGAUGUACUCUGCACCAGCAAGACCCUGUUGGAGCUGGGGCUGGGUGCUAAUGCCCUGGGAGAUGCUGGAGUCCACGUGUUGUGCGAGGGGCUGAAACACCCUGCAUGCCGACUGAAAGCAUUUCGAAGUAAGGAAGAAAAAGACUUCACACUGAUUCCUGGAAACAUGAUGGAACAAAUCCUGGAAACCAUUUCAAAACAUAUGAAUGUCAAGAGAAUGACUGGGAGUAGUCAGCAUGGAUUUAUGAAGGGGAAGUCAUGCUUGAUGAACUUGAUAGCUUUCCAUGAUGAAAUUGCUGAGUCAGUGGAUGAGCCCUGGAUGUUAUUUAUCUUGUCUUUAGCAAGGAUUUCAACUGUCUCCCAUAACAUCCACACUGAUAAACUGAUGGAGUAUGGACUAGAUAAAGUGGACACUAAGGUGAACUGA